AUGGCUCUCUCUGUCGCUGAAAGGUGCAAGUCAGGCCAGGUGGACAUGGCCCGAUUGCGCUGGCCGUCCCUUCUCAUUGCGGUGUGGGCCAAUGCCCGGCGUGCCGCGGGUCUGGCAGGGUCGCAGGGGAACAUGGUGAGACGGAGGAACGGUCUGCCCACAAGACGGACGGUGAAAUUCGCUAGGCUUGCAAACAAACGGGAUUGCGACCGGUCGGCGGCGGAGGCAGAGGACGGAUGGAUGCGAGACGCGAAAUGUGUCGGGGAAGUAUGCCGCAGGCACUGUGUCGAGACUGUACGAAGUAUGCGCAUCGUUUUGGCUUUCGGGCGGCAUCCGGGCUGGGGUUGGGGGGGACUUCAUUUGCGCCUCUGUGGAUUGGGCAGAAGUAUUGGAAAUGUCAUGACCUUUGAGUGA